CGUCAUCUUACGCCAAUUCCCGGGAACCCUAGCAUUUCCUCGUCGCACCAUCUGCACCUUAACUUAUCGCGCUGUAGUUUCCGCACUUGGCCGCAGCCGGCCCACCUGUUUCGGACUCGGGGUUGGUAUUGGUAGCAACGGAGCCUCGUCUGUUGUGCUUGCCUCGUCUUCCUUGUUUACCUGUAGCGACAACACCGCCCAACACCUUCGAGACGCCCACCCUCUCUCUCUCUCUCUCUUUCUCCUCCUGCAUGGCCUCAUAAACACACCACCACCCCACGCCAGGCUCUUACUCGUUGUCGCAGCUCCGCCAUGCUAUUCUGAUUUCCCUCCUACCCUCGCUCGUUGUCUCCCCCAUCCAACUGUCGUCGCUCGUUCCCGCGCAAUUGGGCAAAAUGGUCGCCAUCAACUCUGAGCCCGCGGCCCUCUCCGCAGACGACUUGUCGCUCUUCUACACCACAGACGAGCUUCUUUCCAAAUCCCCUGUCCUCAUCUUCUACGGACCGACGGCCACUUCGACCCAGGCGACGCAUUCGCGCAUCCAAACCCACGUCUUCACGCCAGCCGGCUUCCAGAGUUUCGCGCGUCUGAUCAUCUCACCCACAGCCACCUUCUACAACGCGGUCACAUGCCUACCCCGAGAAGAACAAGGAGACGAGAUAUGUCGUGGCUUGGCUUUUAGUUUGUACAAGUACUUCGCCGAGCUGCCGCAGGAGAUUAAGAAUGCGUGGGAGAAGAGGUACAGCACGCUGGGGCACUUGCCCUCGGCCCCGAAGCUGUUCUCAGAGUCACAUGCUGCAAUGGUCGCGGCAAAGAUGGUCAAGGUCGAGAACGUGGCAGAUGUCAUAGUAGACGUACGCCAUGCAUUAGGAGAGCAGACGCUGUCGUGGGUCGACUUGGAUGUUGUCCUGCCACAGGGGAGCAUCCAAAAGCUCGAGUCACGCGAGUCGGCCCAGUUUGAUGAAUCCGAAGACGACAUCAGCCUGCAACGCUACGGCCAAUACGCGCCCAUCGUAAAGUUGUUUGGAGAGUCGGCGUUCCUUCCCACCUCGAGACUUCGCCGAGCGCCCUCGAAGCCAACUGCCCUGAACCGAUCACAGUCCUUCUCAAGAAAGCAAAAGGAGACACUACGACGAGAAAUGUGCGAGCUGUUGGACACAGAGGAGAACUACGUGAGCAAACUCCAUGACUUGGUGCAUACUGUCGCAGUCGAGUUCCGUGAGAAGGCGAAGCACAAAUCGCAGUCAAGCUCCAGCCCCAACGAGGAGGCCCUACAGGCCCUGUUCCCUCCGAGUCUCGAUAGCAUACUCGACAUCAACGCUAAAUUCCUGGACACCAUACGCAUCAUCUUGGAAGAGACAGAAAAUGGAGCCAUCGAAGACAUUGAACAGGCCACAGACGACAUCUUCAUCGCGCCGCUACGAGGACAAAAGGAUCCCCCAGACGUGACUGGAGCUGCAGCAUUUGCGAAGACGCUUGUUGAGUGGUUUCCCCAGUUCGGCGACUGCUACACGGACUACAUGGCUGCACAUGGCGACUUCUCACAGCUGCUAAAGGUCUUCACAAAAGAUACCACUUCUAGCUUCUCGAAACGAGUAUACGACACAGGCGAGCAGCGAUUGAUGUCUAUGCUGAUUGAGCCUGUCCAACGCCUUCCGCGGUACAAUCUCUACAUCGACAACAUCAUUAAACAACUUCCAGUCCGCCAUCCCGCGAUCAAGACGUUCCUCAAGGCAAGGGACAUCAUUUCUGAGAUUUGCUCAAGGGAAAGUCCAACGGCACAACAGAUCAGAGUGUUUGACCGCCUGCGCAAAAUGGUCUCUGGGUGGCCAUCAACCUUCAACCCACAAGGAAGACUCAUCACAGCCGUUGACUACGUGGAGCUUUCUCCGCCCUAUCAUGGAGAUCUGUCCGGGCCAUCAACAUCGUCUGGAAUCUUUGUCCUUUUCACCGACUCCCUGGUGCUUCUCAGCAUACCGAGUGGUUGCGUGACAAGUGCCCGAAGCUUGCUUUCAGAUUUGGACAAUCCAAAAUUCGCCGAGUCAUUCAGCGGUGCUACAGAGCUUGUUUUCCAUCAGCACUUGCAGCUCUGCGACCUCUUCAUUAGUGAGCACUCUGAGGGGAGCAUCCUCCAAGUACUGUCUCCUGUACCUCAUUCAAGUCAGCCAGGACGACCACGAAGCCGAGACCGACAAUAUGUUGGCAUUCGAAUGUUCUACCUGAAGGGCGUCUAUGAGGGCAAAGGGCAAAAGGUUGUGGAGGAGUUCACAAAGGCCCGUGUAGAAGGCCGUUUCCCCGAAACGGAGCGAGAGGGUUUCAAAUGGGAGGUGCGAAGCCUAGCUGGCGAUCUAUCCUUUUUCUCGUCCGUGUCCGAGGAAACGGAAUGCCCAAAGACAGAAGGCCGAAAAGAGCCCGCAAAGGUUCAGAUCCUUGUGGAAGCAUCGAAACACUCGCAGCCUAUGCAAGUGGGAGAUGAAGGCAUCGAACUCACGGUGUCCAUUUCUAUAUUGGGAGACGGAUUCUUCCUUUUGGACACCAGUGGUGCGAACGGCUAUGCGGCACGCGAUAAGUUGACCAGCCUUGAGUUCCUCCCUGUGUUGACCAAACGCCUGGCGAACUAUUUCCAGCUGCGCAACAGUGUCAGAAACCCCAUGUUGUCUGAAGCGUACCUCUUCCGAAAUCGGCGAAUCCUCAAAUCGCUUAGUAUCCAGCUGCAUGAGCUUGAAGAAGAGCAGGAAGGUAAGAGCCGCCCACACUCUCCCGUGAAGAUGCUGUCAAGCAUCUUCGGCAGCAGUGUGAGCAGAGAAGGCGGUUCUCGCAGGCUCCAGCGCAGCCCACACACUCUAGGAGAGAUACCUCGGAUGGCGCCCCCUCUUCUCCCUGCCUUCUCCCGAACCCGCAGUUGUGACGGUGACCUGUCCCGGCCCACAUCAUCUAACAAGAGCGCUGGCUUCAAUGCCUCUACACCCACAGACUCUCCUGUAAAGCUAGAAGAAUCUCUAGCAAACCUUACCAUGGCUUUACAUGCGCGAAAGGGCAAUAUCGUGGGUCGCUCUGUUCGAGCAAGAGCGGCUGCAGACGAGCUCAUAGUUAAUGAGCUAUACAACUCCCUCCUAGAGAACCCUUCGAACAUGGAUCUUGCUGGUCAGUCCUCGGUUGACGUCCUCUUCGCGGUUUUCGAGAAAUUUCUCGACGUGGCUUGGAAGGAAAGGAUGGGACCGGUGCUGUCUCACGCAAUGUUUGUUUCACUACAAAUGAGAUCAGACAGCAUGUAUCCGGGCGAAUUUGAAGAGUUUUUCCGAACCACAUUCAUCGAUCUUACCCCACAUAACCAACGAGCUCUCCGGGCCAUUGUCCAUCUUCUCGCCGAGUUGCUUGACGGCACUAGUAAUGAUGGCGAUCGAGGGAUUCUCACGGCAGCGUUCGCAGAGAUGCUCGUGCCUGCCGGUAAUGCGAAUGACUUCAUCUCGCUAAUGGACCGGCUUGUGCAAGACAUAGAGGCACUUUUCCCGAGUCCGACUCCGGGAUUCAAUACACCGAAUUAUGGCUCCAUCGAUUCCAAGGGCCGUAUUACCGCUGCCGGCUCGAUCAACUCCAACACGUCGUUGAGGAAACGCUUUGGCUUCGGUACCCUGACAAGGGAGAACAGCAAAUCCGAAAGCGAUUCCAAAGUGGGAUCGUUGUGGCGUUCGUUGAGCAAGAAUAGUCAUGGGACAGAUAGUCAGCCUUCCAGUGUGUCAAAAGCUGGGCCUGCUUCCCUCGGCCGCUCUAACUCUACAGACAAUGCUCGGCUUUCGCCAAAACGGCCUUCCUCUCGUGAUCGUCCGACCGUACUAGGCGCGUUCACCUUUGAGAAUUCGAGCACUAGUGGCCGGGCUUUCAUGGGUGCCCUGGGGACAAUCGGAGAGGUACCGCCUACUGCUGGGCCUCCCCGCAAGAAGCGCCGCUCUUCGUUGAGCGACCUAAAGAUGUUGCAGGAUGCUAACGAUGCGCCCUUGUGGUCUUCGCAGACUCCUCGUAGGCCUGACUCUGUAUUGCGGGAUGACCGAGAAGCCAGCAUUUCACCGCGAACACCUUCACGCAUCCCACCGUCGCUUUUGAAAAACACGUCAUCCAUCCCGACGCCGACGCGCUUAGGCUCGCCAAUGCGAAAAGAAAACUCACCAGCGAAUGCGCUCGAGCGUGCUGGCAGUGUGCGUCCCAAGUCGAUUGCCGCAAAACCGGAGUCGAAAGAUGAAGUUACCAUCAAAUCGUAUAUUCACACAAAGAGGAGAGGCCAGUCGGUCACGGGGAUUCCUUCGUUCAAGCCCACGACAAGUUCGGGAUUGUCAGAACGCCCAGGAUCCGGGAAUACUAUCAAGAUGCCACCCCCCGGUUCUCGAUCUCCCCCCAAGCCAAGCACGCCUUCAGCGAACCCACCAAAGCGGCUCAGGAUGCAAUCCCCUCAGAAGUUGCGUGAGCGGCUGCAGAAUCAACAACGAGACAUUGACACGGCGUCGGAGGACCUGCAGAAUGAGCUGAGCGCUAUCGGUCAGGAGCUGAAUGCUAGAAGCAUCCCCCGUCUAACCACGCAAAGUCCAGCUCCUCCUUCGACGCCAGGGCCCGGCCCGCCGAAGUCUUUGGAAGUGCGUAUCGCUACACUCGAAAAGCAGCUCAAGAGCAGCCUGGGUGGGCUGUCAACACGUACCACAAGCAUUGCCAACGACGUUAGCAGCUCGCUCCAAGUGUCUGAGGCUCGAUGCAAGCACUUGGACCAACUGUAUCGCGACAUGAACGCGGAGAAUGAAGCAUUGUACGCGCGAUUCAACGAGGAGCUUGAAAAGGCGACUAGCAGUGCGCGCAAGGGCAAGGCCAGUGAGGAGGUGGAGCGACGUCUGAAGGCGAGUGAGGAGGAAGCAGCACGGCUAAGGAAAGAAAAUGCGCGACUGAAGCGGGAGGUUGCAGGCUUGAAAGCACAGAUCAGGGAGUGAGUAGGUCAUGGCACCUGCUUACAGGCCUUUGGUUUCCCUUCAGUCCAUGUGAGAGCUGAGCAGAGCAUUAACAUGGCGUUGCAGGUUGCGGGAAAGCGGCUUGCUUGUUCAUUUUGUCGUUUUAGCAAGCAUUUGUUUGAGUUGGAUGAUUUGGGUGCUUACUAGGAGCAUGAUUCGGAUCAGGCGCUUCAUGGUGGAUAUGCUCAUUAUAGCCGGCUUCUCGGCUUUUUUCCCCGUCUUGGUACCUAUUAGCAUGGUUCUGGUUGCGCUGGAGGUUUGGAGAGUGAAGCAAGGCAAACAGAACUGCACAACGACGACAUGAACUGGAGUAUUAGGGUUUACUGGGCAAUAUACCACGUGCA